UGUGCUUCCAACGGAGGAACUUGACACUGAGUCUGAUUGUGGUCGUUUCUCUUCCCGGUAAUCUGGCCCGCAGGGUGAGUGGAGGGGGGGCAAAGAGUUUUACUUUUAUAGAUUGAAAUGUACUUUUACGCAGCAGAGGAGCCUCCUCCAGUGUUGUAGAGACAGUCCCGGGGCAGGUCCUCCCUCCUGCGCGCUGCGUCGCCAACAGUCCAGAGCCUGAGGUCUGUGCAGGACAUUUCUGGGAAAACCUCCAACGCUCCGUUUCUCUUUUCUCUUUUUUUUUUUGCCACGGGAGAACCUGGGAGAGAAGCACGGGCGCGUUCCUGCUGCUCGGACUCACAAGCGCAGGUUUCCAGCGAGAUUCAGACUCAACUACUUUUCCUGCGUCCAGUCGGAGGCUUCUCCUUCCUGCCCCCGCACACUUUGUUGGGAAUAUAAACAGCAACAAUGCCGGAGGGAUUAAUCGGAUGAGUUAUUAGAGUGAAGAACGUAUUUUGGAGAUGUGAUCCAAGACUUUUGGCGUUUGGGGAAUUACUUUGGCACCAGAGAUGAUCUUCUCUCCCCUGGGAUUAUUACUGUCUGAGAUGAAGAUCUGGAUAUAGCAACGCGUAUUUUACGCACGGAAAACUUUCCCCUGGUUCGCCUGGUUGUGUCCGUCACACAAAGAGCAGACGGUGACGCGCGUUUCUCCGGCAGAAGGAACAUGCUCUGAAAGAAGUUCCGCGUCACGAGAACCCUGUUAUGUGCCGAUCCACGCUGAUCGUCUUCAUCUGGAUUCAAUAGAGUUCAGAUGCGAUAAAUACGCGCCAGGAUCACGGGUCCACCGCUGGAUCUCCCAUCUUCUAGCCCGUACUUCAUCGCACAUCGCGCCACAAUGAGGGCUUUCGUUCUAAGUUUCGCGCUCAUGUAUGUGCUCACCUGGACUGGCGACGCCGACACACAGACUCGUCUAAGGCGGGUGCAAUGGCACCGACGCGCACGACUGGCACAUGCCCCGCUGGGCGCAUCGGACGAGGAGCGCACGGUGAGGCGUCUGCGCCCCGGGUUUGGCUCGGCCAUCUCGGUGCACAGCCCCGGGAAGGUCGAGGACGUACAGGCCGAUGAGGGUGUUCCAGUUUACUCCAGGACGCGGACUGUGCAGGGCAGGAGGGCAGGGGGCCAAGGUCUGGUGCCAAGGAGAGGGGUGGCCGCACAGAUUGGCCUCCCCAGUAAGCCGGACGUGCAGCGAGAUGAGGGCACUCCAGGGGCCAGAGCCAGGGUCGCCCGGAUGCCCAACAGCGCAGGGUCACCAAACCUGCUGGCCAGUUUCGCAGGGAAGAACCGCGUGUUGGUGAUCUCUGCGCCCCACGAUUCAGACGGCUAUUACCGGCUGAUGAUGACCCUCCUGAAACCUGACGUGUACUGCGAGCUCGCCGAGCGCCACGUCCACCAGGUUGUCAUGUUUCACCAGGAGGGUGAGAUGGGGGGCAAGGUGAGGAGGAUCACCACCGAGGGGAAGGUGAUGGAGGAGCCGCUGGACACGGCGCUCAUCCCCAGACUCAUGAGCUUCUUGAAACUGGAGAAAGGUAAGUUUGGGAUGGUGCUGCUGAAGAAGACCCUGCAGGUGGAGGAGAGGUACCCGUACCCCGUGAGGCUGGAGGCCAUGUACGAGGUGAUCGACCAGUCGCCCAUGAGGAGGCUGGAGAAGCUUCGGCAGAAGGGCUUCGUCCAGAAGUGUAGAGGAGCAGGUGUGGAGGGUCAAGUGGAGGAGGGUACGCUAACAGAAACACAUGUAGAAAGAAAACCAGGGAAGAAGAUCCCACGGAAGCCCACACAGACAACAACAACCACCCCAACUACAACAACCACACGACCAACCACAACAACUACAACAACCACCACUACAACCCGGCCCACGACCACCACCCCCACCCCCACCACCACGACCCGAGCUACAACAACAACCAAGGCUACGCCAACAACCACCACCACCACCAGAAGAACCCCUGCCAGAAGAACCACCACGACAAAAAGACCCACCACCACCACCACCACCACCACUACCACCCAGAGGCCAACCAGAGCCCACACCACAGCCCCGUGGCUCCCAGCCCCCCGAACCACCGCAGAUCCUUACUACGACAACCGCAGAGAGAGGGAGAGGUACCCGGCUAGAACCACCCCGGCCGGAGAUAACCGCACCGACAAGGACAACAGAGAUCCGCACAGCCGCAAGCCGGUACCUGCUACACCCUCCAAGAUCAAACCCACCAAGAGGAAGAACGGAGGAGAGAAGGUGUUGACGAAUGAAUAUGAGGACAGGUACGUGCCCGUCAAGCCAACAGUGGGUGAGCCUGAGGAGACGGAAUCCAUCACUGAAGUCAGCCCCACGAAGAAGGUCAAGGGCAAGAACGGCAAGCACGACAAGAAGAAGAAGAAGAACGACAAGGCAGUGAAGAAGGCAGAGAGGAGAGGAAAGGCGGGGAAGGACGGGAAGAUCGGGGGAAAGAAGAACGGGAAGAAGCUGGUAAAGUACCCCGAGACGGAGGACUUCCCCACCAAGCCCACUAAGAGGCCGACGCCUCCUCCGAAGGGAUCCCUGGCCUCCUUCCUGGACUACUUUGAGAACAGGAGGCGGCUGCUGCUGAUCACGUCCCCCGGCGAGGAGAACAGGAUGUAUGUGCAGCAGAGGGACGAGUACCUGGAGUCGGUGUGUGAAAUGGCCAUCAGGAAAGUCUCCAUCAUCACCAUCUUCGGCUCGCUGACCAACUCCACCAUGAAAAUCGACCACUACCAGCUGGAGAACGACAAGCCGAUGAAGGGUCUUCGUCAGGAGGAUCUGGUGAACCAGGAUCUGAUCACAGAGCUGAGGAAGGAGUACAGCAUGACGCACGACGACUUCUACAUGAUCCUCACGGACACCGACAUGAGAGUCAAGCAAUCCUACGAGGUCCCCAUCGCCAUGAAGGCCGUGUUCGACUACGUCGACACCUUCUCCUCCCGCAUCCGAGAGAUGGAGCAGCAGAAGAGGGACGGGGUCGUCUGCAAGAAAGAGGACAAGCCCAGAUCGCUGGAGAACUUCCUCUCCAGGUUCCGUUGGAGACGUCGCCUGUUCAUCAUCUCCGCCCCUAGCGACGAGGAGUGGGCCUAUCAGCAGCAGCUCUACGCCCUGAACAGCCAGGCCUGCAACCUGGGUCUGAGGCACAUCGCCAUCCUAAAGCUAGUCGGUACUGAGCUACUGGACAUGGGCGGAGUCUUGGACCUCUAUCCCAUCAAUGGCAGUGCCACUGUGGAGCGCGAGGGGCUGUCGGCCAGCCUGGUGAAGGACAUGAGGAACUACUUCCAGAUCAGCCCGGAGUACUUCUCCAUGUUGCUGGUGGGGAAGGACGGCAACGUCAAGUCCUGGUACCCGUCGCCCAUGUGGUCCAUGGCGAACAUCUACGACCUGGUGGACUCCAUGCAGCUGCGCCGGCAGGAGAUGGCCAUCCAGCAGUCGCUGGGCAUGCGCUGCCCCGAGGACGAGUACGGCGGCUACGGGUACCAUCAACACGGAUACGAGCAUGGCUACCAGGACGGCUAUCACCAGGGCUACGGUUACUAACUGGUGCGUGGGCUGUACCAAGGACGCACGAGUUAACUUCUCCCGCUGCCUCGCGGUUGGUGCUUCUUUCCUGCACAUCCUCCACCAGGCAUUUGUCACAGACGAGGAGUCGUCCUUGAACAUUUUCUAGCACUUAGUGGAAGCUUCUGCUUUCACCUAUCCAGUUCUUUCAUAUCCAGUAUAUAAUUUAGUCUGCUGCAGGUAAUUCUGAUGACUUCAAGGGGCUUUGAUAUGGGGCCAAUAUUGUAGCAUUAUUUGAGCUAUUUACAUUAUUUGCGUAACUGUAUCUCAAUCGUGUUCCUUAAUCAGAUUUGUGUGUAUAUAAACGAAUCUGCGAAUACGUGUAUAGAUCUGUAAAUGUGUAGCAGGAGAGUUUUGCUCAAGGAGCUGGAAAUACAGACAAGCCACCGGUUACAAAUCACAAUUGGCUGUCGUUCUACACGGGAUUUUUGCUUGAGGCGAUUUGUCCUGUUUUUUUGUUUUUUUUACCCAUUUCUCAUCACUUACACUACGACAGAGUUUUAGGGCCACAUUGAGGGAAAGACUUUGAGAAUGAAGAGCAUAAAGUCAAAAUAUCACGAGAAUAAACUUCUGAUUUUACAAGGAAAAAUUUGAUGUCCUCCAAGUCUGUGGUUCUUCGGAAUAGACGGAGUUCCUUGCAUAUUCUUUUCAAAGUCGUGAUACUGAUGAUAAUGUGAUGCUGAUGAACCAAAAGAGGAAGUAUCUCCUUCUUUUAGAAACAUUAUUUGAAGUUACAGCUUCACAAAGUUUCAUUUUUAACGCAUGGGACUAAUAUUUGGACUUUAUUCCCGUAAUAUUUGGACUUUAUUCUCCACGUCUCCCAUUUUUUCUCUCUCAAUGUGACCCUAAUACGUCGUACUUACACAACUCUCCAAACAAAUAUUGCUCCAAUAUUGGCCUCAUAGUUCAGUCAGUAAAUGUGUAGAUGAGCCUGGAGGUUCAGGGAUCUGUUGUGUACUUCAGUUUCUAUUCUAUGUUUUUGGUUGUUGUUGUUUUUUUUGCAUUUCGCCUUCAAACUGAGUUUUGCACGUCGUCGUUACAUUAAUUUUUCCUUAACUUCCCCUCCCAGGUUGAAUUGACAUCAUUGUUUCCCAGCACAGACCUUUUACUUUGUAGAUAAACAGGCUUUAAAAAUAAGACAUUCAUGUAUUUAUUGGACAUCUGUUGCAUUUGAGGUGCGUUUAUCGACUAUUUUAUGAAAACAUAAUUUCUCUUUUGUGAAAUUUAUGUUGCUAUAACAGUGUUCUUAUUUAUACUCUUAAUGUCUUUAUAUGAAGAAUAAACAUUUUUUCGAUGCCA